AUGAUUCGUUCUUCAGCAAUCCGAACUCAAUUUGCAACAUCUAAAUCCUUGAAUAAAAAUGAGCAACCGAAAGAGAGCAGGCUGAAGAAACCUAAACCCUUACAUUUCCACGACCCCGAGAACCUCCAGAUUCCAGAAAUUGAGACUGGACGAGAAGAUUUACAAAUAAUCUACCCAAGUGGCCUGGAGUUCGGUGUUAUAUCGAUAUCUUUAUGUCCAUGUGUGUUUUUUGUUGGUCUUGUAAGUUAUGGUGACCCACGUUCCUUCCAACUCGCAUGCCGACGUGGGAUUUCAAAGAAUGCUACCAUUCUCACUACUGCAAUACCACGAAUCACAGACGAAUUCCACUCGGUAGCUGAUGUUGGCUGGUACGAUGCUGCAUUUCGACUGACAUCGUGCAUAUCUCAAUUAUCCCAAGGCAAACUCUUCACCCAGUACAAUGUAAAAUGGGUAUUCCUUAUCAACAUAGUGAUAUUCGAGAUUGGAAUUCUCAUUUCCGGAGUGGCCCCAAGUUCUGUGGUUUUUAUCAUUGGGCGGGCAAUAACAACUCUCGGCUUCUCUGGAACUAACCAAGGUUGUGUAAUGUAUAAAGGCUAG